AUGCCGACGCCGCAGCCUUCCGGAUUAACCACACUCAUCUCUCCAGAGUCCAGAGCGAACGGAACCCUACGCGAUGAUGAACCGGGUUUGUCUGGCCUCUGCCGAUCCCUGAUCUACGCCACAUUCCAACGUAUGGCCGUUCUCGACCAAGCCUCCGAUUGGAUGCUUGGUGGGAUCAAGUGCUGCCCCCAAGCCACAUCCCCACCCAAUCGAUCCUGUGCCACCAUCCAGCCGCUAACAUUAGCAAAGCAGCACGCCAGCGCCAGCACGCCCAGCUCGCUCUUCUUUGCAUUAGCGGAUGGCAAGCGAGGGACCCUGACUUGCACAAUGGGGCGCUCGGCCUGCACAAACCCCGCAUUUCGACGCGUCCAGACUUUCCCCCUUUCUGACCAGACCUCCCCCAGAAACGAAAGGGCAGCAAAGACAGCAGACGAGACGACGUCAGUGCGAGCUCUGGUGGCACAACCCUCCGCCCAUUGGCCACCCUUUGUCGUUCUUCGCACCCUUCGAAAUGCGGGGUGUGUCGACCGCCGUCUCUUGCGGGUGAAGCCGUGGGAGCAGCAGAAGUGGCACAACUCAACGUCGCAGGCGCGAGACCCGCCGACAACGACGACGGCUCCGAGCAGACGAGGUUUCCAUUCUUCUAGCUGCCAUCGCGAAUCUGACGACAAAAUGAUGCCGAUGUUGUCCAUUGGGGGGUUGCCGCGGUCCAACUCGUGCAAGACGCACGCAAAGGCGCGGCUCAAGGAAACCCUCACGCCUGAUCUGCUUGAGAAGCUCCGCCGGUUCUGGUUCAAGCAUCUCAAGACCGAUGAGGCCUAUAUCUUACCUCAGAGGAGCCAGAUGGGCCGAUGGUUCUACUCCGACGUCGACUUUGAUGAGGCUUGCGUGAAGAAAUUCCGCCCCGUUUUGGAGGCAAUGAAGUCAGCCAAGAUCACAACUCGAGACAUUCUCACAAUUGUGAGGCCAUUCACACCUUUGCAGUGGCUCGGUCUGGUCCUGCUCCUAGACCAAGUCCCGCGAAACAUCUACCGGGGUCCAGAGUCAUCGACAGUCUUUAAGUUCUUUGACCCUAUUGCGCGAGAAAUCGCACGUCACGCCAUCAACGCCGGCGCUGCGACUCACAACAGGAUCAAGUACCGCGUGGCCUACCGUAUGUGGUUCUACCUGCCCUUCAUGCACUCCGAGGACCUGGCGCUGCACGACUUUGCUGUGGCGCAGUACCAGCAGAUGAAGGACGAUUUUGAGGAGCUGAUGGCUGAAGACGGAGAGGCCGGCAGCGACGAUCAGCGCAAGUGCUGGGGCGUGUUGGCGGUGCAGAAAGAAGCCGCUAGAGACCUGCUAGAGACGAAUUGUGAUUUUGAGACGAAGCAUCGCGACAUCAUCGUGCAGUUUGGACGAUACCCGCAUAGAAACAUGGCCAUGGGCAGGGAGUCUACUGCACAGGAGAAGAAGUAUCUUGAGACGGGUGGCGAGACGUUCAGCGCUGCGAGCUAA